AUGACUAAAAAGACAAAGAGGAGAAAAUCAGAGAAAGAAGACAAAAACGUCUACACGAGGAACGAGGAGAGGAAGGAGGAGUAUUCGAGAAGAUCUGACGAAAACUUAGCAAGUUUUGAGCUAACGAAUGUGGUUUGCACUUCCAUGGACGAGUCAUUUUCUUCUUUCGAGUAUUGCUACAUAAAGUCUGUGAAUAGGACUUACAAAUACGGAUCCUUGAAAGUUAAUUUACACAAGGUGCCUAUAUGGAAAAUUAAAGUUAAUGCUGCUUUAUAUCAACGGCUUAACGGAUACAAACCUUUUCUUUACAAUAUCACUGUUGAUGGAUGCAAGUUCAUAAAAAACCAAAAAUAUUCCCCAGUCGCCUCAUUCAUAUUUAACCUCUUUGCUCCCUAUUCGAACAUGAACCACAGCUGCCCAUAUGAUCAUGAUGUUAUUGUGGAUAAAGUGCCGACUUCUUACUUAAACCAUCAACUAACGAAUGUGCUGCCAUUUCCAGCAUCUGCGUAUGGAUUUUACAGCGAUUGGUAUGCCGGUGGGAUAAAACGGGCAUCAGUUAAUGUUUAUGGUACGCUGACAUAG